AAGCCUCUCUUCGUCUCUUCGUGUGGGUGUCUGCCUCUCUGCUUCCGGUAGAGACAAAGGGGAGGAUGAGUGAUGUGUCCAGUCGGAGGGGGUUAGUGUGUGGCUCAGACAAGGCGGCGGAUAUGCUGUGGACGCUGGUUGGGGGGAGGUCGACAUGAUGGCGGGUCAGGUCGGACCGCGUGUGCCAGGGAAUUGGGACUGCUGCAUCGCGUCUGAGUGGAAGACCACCCCAGGAGGUCCUCACAGCAAAGAGCAAGAUGGCCGUCCGAGUGGACUGCGCUGCCAGAGGAACUUCAGGAGCAUCAGCUGAUCAGCAAGGAACAGGUGCGAUGGAGAUGGGAAUGAGCUGAUUGUUGUCAAUGCACAUUGAGGACACCUAUCAUACAAAAGUAGUAAUAACAGCAUCAUUCUGCGACAUCGGUAAGGCCCGAAAGAGAGUGAAUAUUGUUUCUGCUGACAGGAAGUGACGAAAGCUACGAUGAUUCGUCUGCGCACAUGCUGGGCUGCACGUGGCAGUGUCAAAGCGCGACGUGCGUUCAAGGUGAUCACCUUGGCGCUGUGCAUCAUGGUCUUCACGUUUUUCAUCCACCAUUGAGAAAUGCCCUCACGCCCUUUUGGCCGCGCAGCUGGCAGGACAUGUCCACCCCUCAGGUGAUUAAGAUGCACCUGGUGGUGAUGCAAUUCCAGAAUGCCCCAGUCGAUCCCGUGCACUGCCCAGCGCGGAAGCCCAACUCUUCGGUUCCUCGGAGACAGGCUUUGUUGGCAGCAGACAUCAGGAACAUCGCUACUCUCGUCCCGUAUGAGCUGAAAGGUCGAGCAGAAGACGAAGCAUUGUUCACAUGCAUGCGCACCACUGGGUGAACGCCUCCCCCACACGCAAGGCUCGCUACUUCCGCUUUCUCCCCCUGAUGACCGUCUUCGACAAGGCGCGACUGCUGUGCACGUGGCGCGUGUUUGACAACGCUGUCCGAGCUGCCAACCUGUCUUACUUUCUGGUGGAGGGCAGCCUGCUGGGAGCCUAUCGCCAUCGCGGCAUGAUUCCCUGGGAUGACGACAUCGACGUUGCCAUGGACGUUCGGGAGUUGAACAAGAUCCGCCAGGUGUUGGCCUGCAUCCCUGGCUACUCCUCCGCGUUCAGGACAACAUGCACUGGAAAUUCUUCUCUAGCAACACCUCCCGCAUUCCCAGCGUCUGUCCUGAAAACUUCACCGUCCCAACUGCCAGUGACUGUAAUCACAAAGGUUGUGACAUCAGAAUUGUCUACACCAACGACACCAGCAACACUAUCCAUUUAUCCUUUCAUCGACAUCUUCCUCUACACCAGUGACGACAUACACUUGGCCUCUGACCAAAUACGUUAUGUCAACCCAGGCUGUGAGGAAUACUUUUCUCUUUCCUUUGACAACGACGUCCUUUGAAGGAUUCACUGUCCCCGUGCCCAGGCGAACGAAGGAGAUCCUUGGUGUCGUGUAUGAUCUUGAUAUUUGUUUGUCUCCUUUCCACGACCACCGGAUAGGUCGCGGCAUGUCAAGCAGUGAAAUAUCUCGAGCGGAAUGCCGGGAGUUGAAAGACAUGUAUCCUAUGUACAAUGUGCUGUGAACUGAGCCAGUCGGCCUGUAAAAAAAAAUCAUCUACAAAUGUAACUUUCAGUCUUCGCUGAGAAACCGUGGUGCUUUUAUUUUUUUAAGAUUAAGUGUCGUCCGGAACAUGAAGUGCUGACUACAGUUAGGUUAAAAUUAGUUCAAUCACACUGAGACUCUGUAACAGUAAGUAUAAAUGAGCUCUGUAACCCUGUGGCUGCUGGGUUCAUCUUCAGAACAGAAAGUCACAAGUUAGUUCGUACUUAGUAUAGUACACAAGUACCUAAUCUCAGACUU